AUGCCGAACGUACAAUUAGCCAGUACAGCUCGUACCACAUAUUCACAUUUAACACUCGCAGAUCCUCAUUUCGACGUACCAGGUCAGAUCGAUUUUUUGCUAGGUGCAGAUAUUUACCCGUAUAUAUUAGGACAAUCUUGUAAGGUAUUACAUACGCCAAAUUGUCCAUCAGCAUUCGAAACACGUUUAGGAUGGAUAAUAGUGGGUCAAUCUGGUUUGGAGUCACGUACACCCUUGGUUUCUUUAUUGUUGACACCAGAGCCUUCGAUAGACCACUUAAUACAACAGUUUUGGACCAUCGAAGAACCUGUACCAACACAGAACUCGUUCACUAUCGAUCAACAGUUUGAAGACCAUUUUCUUCGUACAACAACUCGAGAUAGUACGGGUAGGUUUUCAGUAGCACUUCCAUUUUGUAACGAUCCAUCUUGUCUUGGUGGCUCUCGUGACAUGGCGAUAUCGCGGUUCUACAAUUUGGAAUGUAAGUUAGUAAAAGAACCGCUGGUAUAUGAUCAAUAUCGCCUAUUCAUGCUUGAGUAUGAAAAACAUGGUCACAUGAGAAUCGCUACGACACCAGGGAAAUAUUAUGUUCCCCACCAUGCGGUGGUGAAACGAAAUGGACAAAAAUUGAAACUUCGAGUUGUGUUCGAUGGUUCUGCCAAGUCGUCGUCGGGAAAGUCGCUAAACGAUUUGCUCCAUGUUGGCCCGAAACUACAGACAGAUAUAACUGAUUUGUUACACCGCUCUCGCUUCAACCAAUACAUAUUCACGGCGAAUAUUUGUAAAAUGUACCGUCAAAUCAAUAUUAAUAAAGAAGACUGUCAAUACCAGCACAUAUUGUGGCGUGCAACACCUCUAGAGCCCCUCCGUGAAUAUGAGCUUAUGACAAUCACAUAUGGACUUACGUCGUCGCCGUUUCAAGCGAUUCGAGUGUUGCACGAAUUAGAACAAAACGACGGACAUCUUCACCCGUCAACCUUACUACUCCGAGGUGGUUUCGAACUUAAAAAAUGGUCGUCAAAUUCCAAAGAAUUACUAUCUAGAAUUCCUAAUGCUGAUCAAGCUACUAGCCUAUCAUUUGAUCCUAAAGAUGAAGCUGGAAUAAAAAUACUCGGAUUGCAUUGGAACACUGACACCGAUACAUUUAGUUACCAUACGGCAUCCAUACCUCAUAUCUAUACAAAACGAUCAGUGUUGUCAACAAUUGCAAAAUUAUAUGACCCUCUUGGGGCUCUUGCUCCUCUGAUUUUCUGGGCCAAAUGCUUCAUGCAAUUACUUUGGCAGGCGGGUCUAAAUUGGGACGAUAAAUUACCACCCGACUUAUCUGACUUAUGGCAACAAUAUUCUUCAGAGUUGCAUAUGGUCUCGAAUAUAAAGAUUUGUCGUCAUAUUCCCCCCAAUGAACUUCGUAUUGUACAGCUCAUUGGGUUUUCUGACGCAUCGGAGAAAGGUUAUGGUGCCGUGGUGUAUUUGCGCAAUAUUCACCAGGAUGGACGCAUACAUAUACACUUUGUUACCGCGAAGUCGAAAGUUUCACCUUCUAAGAUCACAAAGACCAAAAUAACCUUAACUAUACCACGCUUGGAGCUAUGUGGAGCGUUACUGCUAGCACAAGUAUUACAUCGUUUAAUGAAUACCUUCCAGAAUAACAUAGUCAUUUCGACAAUACAAGCGUGGACAGACUCUAGCAUAGUGUUAUCUUGGCUCACAUCACCUCAUUCAACCUUUAAAAUAUUUGUCACAAAUCGAUUAGCAAAAAUCGCCGAACUUAUACCAAACUGUCACUGGCGUCAUGUUGCCUCUGAGUUGAACCCGUUUCUAAAGUUACCUGAAUCUGACUGGCCAACUACAUGUUUUAAACCCGUGCCACCGUCGCAACUACCGGAAUAUUCGGAUUCAACGAAAUCAUGUUUAGUGUCGGUGCCCGUGAAGGAAGUUGAGUGGUUUUCAUGUUUUUCAUCUCUGCGCAGUAUACAAAGGGUGAUGGCCUUCAUUUGUCGUUUUACAAACCAUACGCGCAAGGUACCGUCGCCGUUCAUCAACGAUCCGAUUUCUCAUGAAGAAGUGGCGAAAGCAAUGUUUCCGAUCAUCCGUAUAACACAAGCACUACAUUUCGGUAACUUGCUAAAUGUUCUACAAUCACCCACUUCAAAGAUAGUCCCUCGUUCGCUCGGCCAACUUGCACCGUUUAUUGAUGAAAACAACAUAACACGUGUUGGUGGUCGUCUCCGCAACGCCACUUUGCCAGCUGACGCAAAAAACCCAAUAUUGUUGCCAAAAUCAAGUGUGUUGAUGACACUUGUUAUUCGACAUUUCCAUUUAACUUAUUUCCAUGCCGAACUUCAGUUAAUGUCCCCGUUAAUAGCAAGUAACUAUUGGAUAAUAUCCGGUCGAUCUGCCAUACUCCAUGUUGUCUACAAAUGUGUGGUGUGCGCUUGA